AGCCACUCGGGCUGGGGAAAGCGCGAGGGAGGGGCAGAGGACAGAGCACCGAGCUCGGGGGACAGUGACAACUACAAAGCGGCUCUUCUCACCCUCCGGGCGGAGUGUCGGGACCACGGGAGGGUGGGUCAGGGCAUCGGCAGAGUUAGCGCGCCUGGCAUUGCCCUCCAACUCCUGGUGGCCGCGCGGAGACUUUGUGAAACAUCCGGAGGCAGAAAAGCUGUGACACUUUUGACAGAGGGGGAAGGGGGGUGGGGGGCGGGGGCAGUGCCGCGAGCGGGGCGAAGGGACCCAGCAGGACACCGGCCGCCCGGUGGGGGAGGCAGCGAUGUGAGGGGACACCCGCCCCCGGAGGAGUCUGAACGUCUCCCGAGAGUCGCCGGCUGUGCCAGGAAGUUAACUUCAAGCAGACUGACUUGAAUCAGGAUCUCAUUUGGAAAGCAUCCGUAUCCAAUAAACUUUUUAAUUUGGAAAAUACUCGAGUACCAGUGACUUAUCGUCCUAUACUUUUCUUUCCAAAAUCCUGCAAUCCCAUGUGGACUUCUGGUAGAAUGAGCAAUGCAAAGAGCUGGCUUGGACUUGGCAUGUCCUUAUACUUCUGGGGAUUGAUGGACCUUACAACCACCGUUCUCUCAGGCAACUCAACACCACAAGGUGAAUUAGAAACACUCCUGUCAGACAAGCCACAGUCACAUCAGCGAACCAAGAGGAGCUGGGUUUGGAACCAAUUUUUCGUUCUGGAAGAGUACACUGGGACUGACCCUUUGUAUGUUGGCAAGCUUCAUUCAGAUAUGGACAGAGGAGAUGGAUCCAUCAAAUAUAUCCUUUCUGGAGAAGGCGCAGGCAUAGUGUUUACCAUUGACGACACCACUGGUGACAUCCAUGCCAUUCAGAGGCUUGAUCGAGAGGAAAGAGCCCAAUACACUUUAAGGGCUCAAGCACUGGACAGGCGGACAGGUCGACCAAUGGAGCCAGAGUCAGAGUUUAUCAUCAAAAUACAAGACAUCAAUGACAAUGAGCCCAAGUUCCUAGACGGACCUUAUGUUGCCACUGUGCCAGAAAUGUCACCAGUGGGUACUUCUGUUAUCCAGGUGACAGCCACAGAUGCUGAUGACCCGACCUAUGGCAACAGUGCCCGGGUGGUGUACAGCAUUCUCCAGGGUCAGCCAUAUUUCUCCGUGGACUCCAAAACAGGUGUAAUUAGGACAGCGCUCAUGAACAUGGACAGAGAAGCCAAAGAGUACUAUGAAGUGAUUAUACAAGCCAAGGACAUGGGAGGGCAGCUCGGGGGAUUAGCUGGGACCACAACAGUCAACAUCACCCUCUCGGAUGUCAAUGAUAACCCACCCCGCUUCCCCCAGAAACAUUAUCAAAUGAGUGUGCUGGAAUCAGCUCCAAUUAGCUCCACUGUGGGGAGAGUGUUUGCCAAGGACUUGGAUGAAGGAAUCAAUGCAGAGAUGAAAUACACUAUUGUGGAUGGAGAUGGUGCAGAUGCCUUUGACAUUAACACAGAUCCCAAUUUCCAAGUUGGUAUCAUAACUGUUAAGAAGCCCCUGAGUUUUGAAAGCAAGAAAAGCUAUACCUUGAAGGUGGAGGGAGCCAAUCCUCAUCUGGAGAUGCGUUUUCUAAACCUGGGCCCCUUUCAAGACACAACAACAGUGCACAUCAGUGUAGAGGAUGUGGAUGAGCCCCCUGUGUUUGAACCUGGCUUUUAUUUUGUGGAGGUGCCUGAAGAUGUAGCAAUUGGAACAACCAUACAGAUCAUCUCUGCCAAGGACCCAGAUGUGACCAACAACUCAAUCAGAUACUCCAUUGACAGAAGCAGUGAUCCUGGAAGAUUUUUCUAUGUUGACAUUACAACAGGUGCCCUAAUGACUGCAAGACCGCUAGAUCGGGAAGAAUUUUCUUGGCAUAAUAUUACUGUCCUUGCCAUGGAAAUGAACAAUCCCUCCCAGGUGGGAAGUGUUUCUGUCACAAUCAAAGUCUUAGAUGUGAAUGACAAUGCUCCAGAGUUCCCCAGAUUCUAUGAAGCUUUUGUCUGUGAGAAUGCCAAAGCUGGGCAGCUGAUCCAGACAGUAAGUGCUGUGGACCAAGACGACCCACACAAUGGUCAGCAUUUCUACUACAGCUUGACUCCAGAGGCUGCUAACAAUCCCAACUUCACCGUAAGGGACAACCAAGAUAACACUGCCCGGAUUCUAACCAGAAGGUCUGGCUUCCGGCAGCAGGAACAAAGCGUCUUUUACCUUCCCAUCCUGAUAGCAGACAGUGGGCAGCCAGUGCUGAGCAGCACAGGUACACUUACCAUCCAGGUAUGCAGCUGUGAUGAUGAAGGCCACGUCAUGUCCUGCAGCCCUGAGGCCUACAUGCUCCCAGUCAGUUUGAGCCGGGGCGCCCUCAUUGCCAUCCUAGCCUGCAUCUUUGUCCUCUUAGUUCUGGUGCUGCUCAUCCUGUCCAUGAGGCGGCACCGGAAGCAGCCGUACAUCAUCGACGACGAGGAGAACAUCCAUGAAAACAUCGUCCGCUACGACGACGAGGGCGGCGGCGAGGAGGACACCGAGGCCUUUGACAUCGCGGCCAUGUGGAACCCGCGGGAGGCGCAGGCGGGAGCCGCCCCCAAGAUGCGGCAGGACAUGCUGCCCGAGAUCGAGAGCCUCUCCCGCUACGUGCCUCAGACGUGCGCCGUCAACAGCACCGUCCACAGCUACGUGCUGGCCAAACUCUACGAGGCCGACAUGGACCUGUGGGCCCCACCCUUUGACUCCCUGCAGACAUACAUGUUCGAGGGUGAUGGCUCCGUGGCGGGGUCUCUGAGCUCCCUGCAGUCGGCCACCUCAGACUCAGAGCAGAGCUUCGACUUCCUCACCGACUGGGGACCCCGCUUCCGGAAGCUGGCGGAGCUCUACGGGGCGUCGGAGGGGCCCGCGCCCCUGUGGUAACGGAAGCCAGGCGGCAGGUGCAUGUCCAAAUCCAGACGUUCUCGGAGGCUACUUCGCGGACGAGGUGCAGCCGAUCACACGUGCUAUACAGUGCUGGAGAGUGAGGAUGGGGUGAGCCGGGUGAACAGAGCUCUCUCUGGAUCAGCUUUACUUGGUCAGAUUAAUUUAAAUAAUCAAAAGGAAACCCAAGAAGAGGAGGGCAGGAUCUCCAAUUAUCUUUUUUCUUUUCUCUUUAAUUUUUUUGACACUAUAUUCAAAGGCUUGGAGUCCAAGGUGUUAGACAAGCCUGGCUUUUUUUUUUUUCUGCCAUUCACCAAAGCCUUUGUCACUUUGCCUCCACAACAAAGGUACGUGUCUUAAAUACAGAGAUGGCAAGUGAACGCAGGUAAUAAAAAACGUCGAAUUCAUUUUUAUUUUCCACUUAGGAGUUUUGCUGUAUGAUCAAACUGCAGAAACCAACCCACACACAAGAACCCUGAAAAUUUGUUCUUCGGGGAAGUUAACCUACUUGUUCCGAAAUGGAUGGAAUUUCUUUUAACCCUUUUGAGACAAGGUUAAGACUGAAUCAGCCUUGCAUGGGGGAUGGGUGGGAGGGGGGGAGAAGGAAGAGACAUGGACUUUGUGCUCAAGUUUAAUAGCUGAAGUUUAAUAGAGUUGUUGGCAUAGCUAAUCCAGUACUGUUGAGUUAGAGUGCUUCUGUUCUCCUCUCAGCUCUUUAUGCCCCUGCAAAAGUGUUCAGAAUGAAACCAGAAAAUCUGCCUCUUAUGCACUGUAGAUGUCUCUUCCAUGUGCCAAAUGUGGAGAUUAGAUGCUACAAAUGAAAGCCAAAUAAAAAGAAGUAUCUGAUAAAAGCAUGGGUUAGAGGGCUUUCCUAAUCUGUGUGAGGUCAAUCCAAGGGAUGUUUACAUACUGUAGAUAACCUACUUGAACAAAAUCAGUAUUAUAGAGAAUAAAUGGAUGUAAGAAAUUACAUGUAUAAGUUUUGUAUAUUUGUUAAUAAUUUUGGUAAUAAAUAUGAUGUACUUCAUCCCAGUACCUUAGCGCUUCUUUUAAUAAAAGUUAAAUAGAAGGGAAA